UGCGGAGGUGAGGGCCUGCUGAAGCCUUUCCGCAGUAGUUCGCUAUGGGUCUCCUGAGCGAGGUGACGCGAGGCCUGGUCCGGGGCGCCGACCGUAUGUCGGCUUGGACGAGCAAGCGGGGCCCGCGGACCUUCUUCAAGAGCCGCGGCUGCAAAGUCUUCGGCUCCAUCACGCCGAGCCGCAAGUUCCGCCUGAUAAAGGACCAGGUGCCGGUGCUGAUGGUGCCUGACCUGACGGGCUUCAAGCUCAAGGCCUACGUCUCCUACCGGGCGCCCGCGGGUAGCGAGCCGCCCUUGACCGCCCGCGCUCUCUUCCAGCGGACCGCCGCGCCUCUCAUCGAGAAGGACGUCAAGGAAGGCUCCUUCGACCCCGACGCCCUGGAGAAGUACGGCUUCGAGAACAGCCAGGAGGGGAAGCUUUUCAAGCUCUUCCCCAAGAACUUCGUGCGCUAGUGGGUGGAAGGAAUUAAAGAAAAGAAAGAAAAAGGAAGGGAAGAAAGAAAAAGGAAAGAAAGAGAAAAAGAAGGAAAAGAAAAAGAGACACACACACUCUUCCCAGUGGAGACAAAUUGUCCCCCAGGACUGCAACUUUAUUGAAGCCCUUUCAAAUACAGGAUCGAAAGCAGAGGGGAAAAAAAGCAAUUUAUUGAAAGCAGAGGGAAAAAGACACAAUUUCCUGGAAGAAGAGAGGGGAAAAGACAUUUUUUUGGGAAGAAAAGACACAAUUUCCUGGAAGAAGAGGGCAGGAAAGACAAUUUAUUGGAAGAAGAGGGGAAAAGACUAUUUUCUGGAGGAAGGGGGGGGGGGGACAAUUUCCUGAAAGAAGAGGGAGGGAAAAAAGACAAUUUAUUGGAAGAAGAGGGGAAAAAUUCCUGGAAGAAGAGGGAGGGAAAAAAAGAACAAUAUCCUAGAAGUAGAGGGGAAAAGACAUUUUUUUUUUGGAAGAAAAGACACAAUUUCCUGGAAGAAGAGGGGGGGAAAGGCAAUUUAUUGGAAGAAGAGGGGAAGAGACUAUUUCCUGGAGGAAAAGACACAAUAUCCUGAAGGAAGAGGGAGGGAAAAAAGACAAUUUAUUGGAAGAAGGGAAAAUUUCCUGCAAGAAGAGGGGAAAUUUCCUGGAAGAAAAGACCAUUUCCUGGAAAAAGAGAAGACAAAAGUUUCUUGGAAAGGGACUUAUGGAACAGAUGAUUUUGGGGCAGGAGGGUUAAGAAUAAAAGAGAAUGCGGAUAUUACACCUCCCUGCCUGGGAAGUGUUGAUGUUUCUGCUUUGAAACUUGUGUCCAGAAAAAAAAAAGCCUUCAAUACAUUUGUUUCUCUGUGGA